AUGAAUACAAUUUCAAAAGAACUUAUCAAUUUACGUUAUUUAGGUAGUAGUAUUGAUGAACCAAAAAAAUUAUUACAGCCAAUAACAGGGUAUGCUUAUGAGCCACUUCUGACAUUAGAAGAAGCAUGCGAGCCACUUCUUAAUAUUGUUCCCCAUUUACGAACAUAUAUUUGGAUAGCUAAAGAAAAUUCCAAAACUCCAGCUGAUGAUCUUACACAGGAGGAAUCAGCUGCUAUUCGUCUGUAUACCAUGCAAUGGGGCACCAGUGAUAGCAAAGUGGAUCAAAGCUUGUAUGCAUAUCUUAACCGUACACUUAAGGAGAGCGAUCGGUGUAAACUUUGGCCAUGGUUUCGAUAUCUGAAGUUAUUUCUUACAGCCUUAAUCAAAAUACCACCUUCGCCUCGUCAAAUAGUUUGGCGUGGAGUACAUAAAAAUCUUGUAAAAGAUUAUCCCACAGGCGAUCAUGUGACAUGGUGGGCAUUUUCGUCUUGCACAAUAUCGAUGCCUGUUCUUGAAAGUGAUCUAUAUUUGGGUAAAGAAGGUACGAGAACUCUCUUUUCUAUUGACGCAAUAAAUGGUCGCACAAUUCGUGCUCAUUCUCAAUUUACUACUGAAGAUGAAAUAUUAUUAUUACCAGGAACAUACUUUGUAGUAAAAUCUAUAUUGAAUCCAGCAGCUGAUUUAUAUAUUGUUCAUUUGCAACAAAUGAUUCCACCACAUGUUCUUCUUGAACCACCCUUCAAAGAUGCUGAAAUUUUCCCUAUUUCGAACACUGAAUCCAUACCGGAAAGCGUAUAUUUCCGAAAGCACUCGCAACAACUUCGUCCUUGGUACAAGAAAAACAGGAUACGUGUUAGUAUAGCUGCUGCGAUAGCACUUAUUAUUGUUGUAGUAUUAGCAGCUGUAUUAGGCACCCGAAAUACCACAUCAACAGUAACCUUAGUCAUCAGUACUACUACUACUAAUACUACUACCGCCAACACAGGAUCAUUUUACUAUAAUGGAUUGUUACCUGAUCCAGUUUCAGUUGCAGAAGCAUUCUAUGCUUUCGAUGAAAAUUUGCUAGAUCUUUUUUCUCGUCGUAACGGAGAAUUUAUUGGUAGAUCUAUCAACUACGUAAAAGGUUAUGUUGCUUAUGGGCAAGCCAUUGUUUUAAAUCAGUCUAUUACAACACAAAUCAACGUGAAACCUAUCAUUGCUUUGAAUGUAAACUCAUCGUUUACGAUCGAAGGAUUUUUCAUGCUAUUGAAGACUCAAAUUAGUGCAACUAUUAUUCAACUGAUGCCCAAUAUCUCAAUGAAUCUUAUCAAUGGUAUAUUGAGUGUAUCAUUAGGUUCAAAUAUUAUUAUACCAGGUAGCUCAGUGAUUUCAACAGACCAAUGGCAUCAUUUCAGUUUCGUAUAUGAUUCAAGUCAACUGACAGCAACGAUUUCAAUCGAUGGUAUUGUCGAUGACACGAAUUCUUCUAUCAAACCAAAACUCCCGUCAAAUACGAGUGAUUCAACAAUAAUAAUUGGUUCAGGAUUCGAUGGUUACAUUGAUCAAUUAUCGAUAUCAUUAACGGCAAAAUCUCAGGACGCAAUUCUGUGGGAUGCUACAGCAAUGGCUUAUUAUCCCUUUGAUAUAUCAUGGCUAACGGAUCGUGGACCGAAUGGCAUCAAUGCUAGUGCUUCAAAAAUCAUAACUACUUUUGGUUGGAUGUUGAAUGCAAUCAACUUUAAUGUAUCUGGUUCUUAUUAUGCAACAGGUGAAUUUACUGCACUUGGAACACCAUUGAAUUCAUUUUCAAUAGCUUUAUGGGUACGAGUUGAAGCGCAAACUGGCAUCUUUCUUACCGUAGCUAAUCCAUAUACAUGUCUACUUGUUCUUGGUUUUCAAAGUGAUAAUAAUGUUCUUGUUGCUUAUUUGCCAAAUGCAACCUCAUCGGGAAACGGUGUAAAUAUCAUUGGACCGAAAAUGCCUAGUAAUGCAUGGGUAAAUGUAGCAUUCACAUGGAGUAGUCAAAAUCGAGCCAAACUAUACACAUCAUCUUUUCUGCAAGGCUCUGAUGGCACAGCAACUACACUUAAUAAUGCUCGCGGUGGUAAUAAUAGUUCUCCGAUGACAAUAACACUUGGCACAUAUAGUGGCCCAGCUAAUUGUGAAGGUAUUCAAGGUAUACCUUCGUCAAAAACAUUUAUAGGUUCAUUGGAUGAACUUUUUGUAUUUUCACGCGAAUUACAACUCAGCGAUUUGCAACAACUCAUUACACCUAACUGA